CUGUAGAAAACCCAGCUGUGGCCACCAUGCCAACAGGUGUUCUGAGAGCAGUGCAUGAUGGGAGGGGGGAUGUGCAGUAUCAGGUAAGGCCAGAGACAGUGGAGCAGCAGGCAUUGAAACUGCUGUACACAAAGCAAUCCGGAGGUGCCGAGAGCCACAUGCUGUACAGAGCAUCUAAAAUGAUGGGCAAGGCUGAGCUGAUGGAAACCAUGAAGCAAGAAGAGCUGGCCAAACAGGACAAGAAGCAGAAGAAGGCUGGCAGGCAUGUUUGCCCUUAUUGUGGUAGGGGCUGUGCCAAACCGAGCGUGCUGAAAAAACACAUUCGAUCUCACACAGGUGAACGGCCGUACCCCUGUGUACCGUGUGGCUUCGCAUUCAAGACCAAAAGUAACCUGUACAAACACCGCAAGUCCCAUGCACACGCUCUCAAAGCUGGCCUCGUCACUAACCCUGAUGGCUCGAAGAUUGAAGCGAUGGAUGACAUCAUAGAUGACGGUGUGGACACGACAGACAGCGAGGACGACUCAGACGAAACGGCCGAGGGGAAAGUCAGCGAGGGCACCGACCAUGCACAAAAACUCCUAGUAAGCAAUAUGCAAAUUCCAAGCUCCUACGCGAUGCCUGUCCACAUGUCAGUGUCGUCAGUAGGAAAUAACACAGAUGAUCCGGGACUUUCAGAGGGGCUGGCUUCCAAGAUGAGAGUCCCUUAUCCCUCGACACAGCCCAACCAAUCACAGCCGAUGUACUAUAUGCCAGGCAGGGAGGGCAGCCAAGUGCAAAUGCAUCCUGACAAGUUUGUGCUGAUUCAGCCGGCCGUGUCGCAGGCGCAGGGCGGGCUUCCGGUCAACAUGCCGGUUCACAUGAGACCCGCGGUGCAGACGCUGGCGCAAACCGUCCGCGAGCGCCUUGCGGCAAAGUCCCAGGAGAACCUCGCCGACAAGUCACGGCAGGAGGCCUUACGACAACGUCGGAUGGCCAUCUCCAACCUCUCCCCCCUCCCUCCCUUGAAAACGAGCAAUUUCGGUGGAAACAUGAUGUCUUUGUCCAUGUCCUCGCUUCCAGACGUUGGUCAGCAGUCCACACCGACAUCCAUGGUUCCCAGGCAACACGCUGUGCGAACCCUGUCUUCACCUUUGACACCUGGCUCAAAGUCCGUCUCAAUGUCCAACGUCACCAGCAAAGACCCUUCCCAGCAGUCACAGCGGAGCCUGGACCGAGAGAGCCUCCACGACCGCAUCAUGCAACUCAUCAACCAGAAUGAAGCGAUCGUUGAGAGCCAGAGUCUGGAGAACGUGAAGCCGCGCCGCAUGUCGGGAUCUCGCCGGUCGAGUAUCGAGUCACCCAAACCGACCAGCAUGGGCUAUCUGGACCUGAUGAAGAAGACAGGCCCAGAGGUGAGCCAACAGCUGAACGCACAGAGCAUCCAAGGUCGGAGAGGGUCGCUGGGAAACUUGUCUGAAAUGCAGACUCUGGGGGCUGGGAUCCCCCCGAUGACGCCAGUCACAACCAUCUCCUUCUCACUGUCACCCUCCCCUUCCAUGGGCCUGGUUGCCAUAGCAACAACAGCACCUGCGUCCCCAUUGGUCACAGCAGGCUUUGUUGCAACCCCGCCUAGCAACGGUUCAUCUGGGGGGUCGAGUCCAGUCGUCCAGCUGACCACGAGGCCUGACAUUCUCCCGUUUCAAAUGACCAAGAAAGGCACGGACAAGGAGACCUCGGAAAAGUGGAGCGGCCCACAAGGGAAAAUGACGGAGCCACAGUUCACUGGUCCUCUUGUCCCCAUAAAUGUAAAUAGCGUUCAAGCGUCUGUCAGUUCCACUAGUACGGCAGCAGUGACUGGCAGUGUUGGUACACAAGGUGGGCCGGAGACAGGGAGCAGUAUGAUCAAGGAGCUUCUGCUGAGUAGAGGGAGGCUUCAGACAGAGAUGAAGAAGUCCACGGAGAGGGAUCUCCCAAAACAUCCCAUUUAUGCAAAUCCACUGGAGUUGCAAACUUCAGUGAGGAUGAUACAGAAGGAGGACCGGGUUCUCCACAGCCCAAAGAAGCGAAAACUGUACGAAGAGAUGCAAGCCAAGGCCCAGCGCCAGGCCAUGGCCUCCCUGCAGCAAGGCGCGAGCCAGUCUACAAUGGAAGGACCUCCACUGAAAAUCUUCCUGGAGGAAGGAAGGGUCCUGUCUCCGAAUGUUAGGGAGAACUCGCCACAUUAUGCAACCAGCGCGACCAACAUGGCAGCCAGACCAUCCGAAGGGAGCUCCACUCCACUAGAAACCACCUCAAGCCAGCCCUCAUCCAAUGAGACUGGCCAACAAGUUCACAGCAACUUGGAACCUGCAGCACAAAAGGAGGUGAAGGACCAGCAAGGGGAGAAGACAAUGCUGUAUGCAAAGAGCGACACCUUCUCUCAGCUUCCCAGUGAAAAGCUUCCCCCAAAGAAGAAACUUCUCUAUACAGGAAUGCACAGUCCAAAUCCAGAGGCAAGGCUGGCAAUGGGGGAGGGCACAAGUGGGUUACAAAGUACUACAUCACAGCAGAUGGUAGCUGCUGAUGUGAAGAAGGUAUCGGUAGAUGUCCUACAGCCUUUACAGAGUCUGUACCGCCUGGCAAACAUCAAGGAUCCUCCAGCCGCUUUCAUGACCAAAUCAGAUGUCUCCAUUCCUGGAGCAGAUCCUAAUUCUGCAGUACCAUCCUCCGCACAGGCAGUGGAAAGAGACAAAGAAGUUUCACCUUCUACAGCAAGACCUGAGCAGCAUUCUCCGGCUGUUUCAGAGAAGGGAAGCAGCAAGGGCAAUGAAGGUCAGCUAGAAGUAAGGCGUGUUCCCACAGCUGUGUCAGAUCAGUUCCUCCAGCCUGCUGGUUCAUGCGAGCACAAGGUUUCUAGCAGCAGUGCCUUGUCACACCUUACAGGACAGCAGUCGCACCAGGCAGUGACGCUGGUCAAAGUUUUGACAGUUCCAGCUACAAGCGAAAAGCAUUCCAGAGAUGUUGGACAGCUCAGUUCACCACCAAGGGUUUCUGUGACCCAGGAGAAGAAACCCCUGCCGCAAUCUGUCAGUCAUUCAACACAAAGUACAAAGGAGGGAGUAAUAGUGGGUACAGUGCCGUUUAUCCAGAGUACAGCACAACGACAUGAUGCAACAGGAAAGACAGCAGGAUUUCAGGGUCCUCCUGGGCAGCUGACACCUUACACAGGACAGCUGGCUGUGCAGUUUUCUCAUCAGACAGCACAAGGGUUACAAAAGCCCAAACACCACUCACAGCUGGGGCAAAGUGCCGAACCCUUCUCACAACAACACGCUUCGCCCUCAAACAUGCAAAACCAGCUGAAAAAGUCACCAGGUGAGGAUCAGAUCGUACACAGCAUGGUACAGCAGCCACAGACAAGAACACAACCUCCAGAAGAACUUCAUCACGACAGGCAAAGCAAUCCUCCACGAGCCGACCCUAACACGUCGACAAGACACAGGGUGCCGUACGUUACCUUUGAGAGGGGGAAGGAGAAUAUUGUAGUCAUCAACGUCCCUGCCCCAGCCCCGCCCAGGGAAAUGCAAAGCAUGAAACUGGAGCAGACAGGAAAUAUCAUCAAAGCCAACAUCCUGCCAGGGGCAGGGGGGCAGCAGAGGAUGCUGGUCCAAAUGGCAGUACCGCUUGGCGGACAGACGGUGCCGACCAAUCAGAGCUCGGUCGUCACUCCAUCUAUGCAGGGCAUCGGGAUGGGACAGCGGCAGCAGAAGGUGGCCAUGGCUCGGGCGCAGAUGCAAGGAGCCGCCAUCAAACCCGACCAGUUUGGCAAAACCGUGGAGGUAAUGGCCAGCCUUCAGCCCGUCGCACUCCUGACGUUCUGUACCCUCCACCGGCCGCAACCAAUCCACCUGGAGCAGGGGACAAACCAGUCCAUUUCCAUGUACGCUAAGUGGAACAUCGUUCCCUCUUCCAUUGACGUACGCAGCAACCUCUCCCUGUACAACUCGCAGGUCAACAAGCGGAAGUAUCGGCGAGGUAUCACAACGAUAGCGAAUUCAACGCAGCCGAGGGGCGGGAUCCUGACUCCCUCCAGCUUCUGGAGUUCUCGACACAAGGCGAAAGCGACACAGCAAUCCUUGCAGGUGAAAGGUCAACCGCCACAACCAACCAAAGAGGAGAUUGCAACUCAAGCAGUUGAGGGGACGACAGCCGACAGUGACGUAUCAGACAGUAGGAAAAAGCUAAAGGAGGCCAUCAGAGCCAAGAACGAGCCACUGAGAGUAAAAAUCUUUGACGGCGGUUAUAAAUCCAACGAGGAGUACGUGUACGUAAGAGGUAGGGGUCGGGGAAAGUAUGUGUGCGAAGACUGCGGCAUACGCUGCAAGAAACCGAGCAUGUUGAAAAAGCACAUCCGAACCCAUACCGACGUCAGGCCCUACCACUGCAAGUAUUGUAACUUCUCCUUCAAAACCAAAGGUAACCUAACCAAGCAUAUGAAGUCCAAGGCCCACAGUAAAAAGUGCCUGGAGACUGGUGUACCAGUAGAGGAUGGGGCGGUAGAUGACACUGGGGAGGAAACGGCCUCUAGUACGGGACAGGACGCUGGAGUCGAGGAACACCAGUUUUCCGACGCUGAGACAACAGACUCUGCAGAGGACGAAGAAACAGAGAGCGAGAAUGAAAAUGAGGAAGAAGACGAGGAAGAAGAAGUUGUCGAAAUUAAGACAGGAGAUUCCGGGAUGUCUCAAGGCAGUGUCUCUUUGAGCUCGUCUAGUAUACAAGCUCCAGGACUGUUCUCUAUGUAUCCACAUUCACUCUCUGUGUCCAGUAUAGGCCUGAGCACUAUCUAUGGGAAGUCGGUGAGUUUGUCCCAGAAUGCAACUCCACUAGCAUCACCCCCAGCAAGUCUUCCCGCGCCAGAAGAGCUGUCCAAGACGGUACAGAAGACUGUGAGGGAUCUGGAGGGGAAGGAGGAGGCUGCCAAAGGGCAAGAGAGUAGUAGACCAGACUUGCUGGCUGAAGCCUUGAAGGUUCGAACUAAACCAGCGACUGUACCACCACCACUGAUGAUGAGCUCAACUCAGCCUGGCAUGGGGUUUUGGGGGUUAACACAAUCUCUAAAACAGCCACAAACCUCAGUAAUUCCACCAACAGGUUUCCAGCUGCCCCCUCCACAGCCUCCAGAGCAGCGAACACCGGAAAAACCGACAUCUUUGACACCACAGGUGUCUUCACCCUUACCGCCUGUCCUAACCCCACAGAAAAUGUUCCCACAAGGCCCACCACUUCCCAGCCCAUUGUUGCUUAGCCCACCACCAUUGCUGGACAAACAUGGCUACGUGACCUCUCAAAUAAUCUCAGCCAACCAGCCAUUGCCAGGGCAGAAGGCUGGAAAGACAGCAGUGCCCCAAAAACCAGAUGCCAUUCCAGUCCGUUCAUCCGCUGAAAAGGGACACCUAAUCAUGUCAAGUAUGCCAGCAACAGUGGCUGAAGAAAAGGCACUGCAAAAGCAGCACACUAUGGAAAGAAAGCCAUCGUCAAACAAUCCACUGUGUAAGCAAGUACCUUACCAAUUAGUUGGACCAGACAGACAGGCUGACCUGCAUCACACUCAAGUCCAGGUCAAGGAUGAACCAACAGAGUCAAAGGUCAAAGUUGAAACAGCUGAGAAGCCCAGUCAAUCAGGGAAGGGGACGGUGGAUGCGAUUCCACAGCUUGAAAAUCUCAGCAGUAUUAAAGAUGCUGAUAUGCAUGAGAGAGAAAAACAGGUGGAGGGGGAAGUACAGGAAGCCAUGCAUGCUAACGUACAGGGUGGUGACUCAGGCCAAGCAAAAGCUGUUGUGGGAAAAGAUGGGCAGGUUCAAGAGGUCCAUACAUGCCAUCUAUGCAAACGUGCUUUCCAGUGGGGGCGCAUGCUGAAAGAGCACAUGAGAGCCCACGUCGAGGAACGACCCUUCACGUGCAAGGAGUGCGCCGUGUCGUUCCGGACCAAAGGACAUCUUAGUAAACACGAGCGCUCGCAGACGCACCACCUCAAGGUGGAAGCCGACGCUCAGUUCAUGGAGUGGAACGAAGUCGAAGUCGUUGAUUCCACAAACGACCCGCGACCUUUCAAGUGCAAGGAGUGUAAGGUCGCGUUCCGUAUCCCUGGACACUUGGCCAAACAUCUCAGGUCGAAGGGUCACGCCUAUGCAGUGGAGAGACAAGAGCGUAUUCUUCAGCUUGACGGCAGUGGUUCUGUUCAGAUCAGCCCCGGGACUGGGAAAACUGGUCCGCAUCAGAACACAGGAGAGGCGGGGGUGGGCACGUCAGAGGGAACAGCAGGGAGGGAGCCGAUACAACAUGGCGAUUCAAAGCCUCAAACUAGUCCGCUUAGUAGCAAAACAACCAGCGAAACACAAACAACUAUAAUGUCCAACAAGGAGGCUGCAGUUCGAGGUAGAAUCAGAAGCAUCUCAGAGACAGAAGCAGAGAAGUUGGGGCGAGAGAAACACCUGUUUGAGAGACUCACUCGAGAGAGAACCAUAUCAGAAACGGAGGCGUACGCGCCCCAGAUGAGGUUGGCUGCAGGCAUGGUGCCUCUUCAGGUCUCCACUACCUCCAUGGCCCCAGCAGCACACUACAUCCUGCCACAGACAUCGGGACAAGUCCUCCAGCAGUUACCUGGUAUCAUGUAUGCCCAGGCACAGCCCUUGUCUCCCAGGCUGGCCAAAACUCACGUUCCUAUCCAGCCCGCCCUGCCGACAAAUUCCCCGGGCGUUCGAGCCGUCAUGCAACCCUCCCUCACCAUCGUACCUCAAAUGAUGGCGACCGACGGAAAGACAGCGAUCGUCGGCACCCCAGUUUCCAUGCCUUCGACGUUACCCGUGCAACCGUUACUGAUUCCGCAGGACCAUUCGCGAAAUCUGGGUACACCCGGGCAGCCCCAGAUUUUACCUCGCAUGACGGCACCAGGACUUCUCAUGCCUGUUCCUCCGCAGCAGCAUCAAACACCGUCUCCUGCGGUGCCCAGUACAGCAGGGGCACAACACAGGCUUCAGAUGAUCUCCUUAACAAAAGGAUCCGUCCCCUUUAUCGUUACAGCCCCUCCCAUGUCGCCAAUUUCCCCGGGUACGCCAAGCUCGGUGAACGUGCACGGUGCUCCGCCAUCGGCCGUCCUCGCCAACAUCAGUCCCGGUAGCUACAGUCCACAGAGCAGCGACCUCGCUGCACGGACCUGCCCGCACUGCCAACGCUCGUUCAAGAGCGCACGGUACGUCUCCAAGCACAUCCAGACGCGACACUCCGGGGUGAAGAACUUCAAGUGUCCGUACGAGGGGUGCGAGAAGGAAUACGCCAUCAAGGAGUCCUACAAGUACCACAUCAGCACGCACGAGAGGAACAGUAACCGACAAGCAGCACUGGAGCAGGACGAAAAAGUUCAAAGACAAAGAACGACAUCAGAACAACCCGAUAGUGCAGAAAUUAUAUCUGGUCCCAGUACAGAAAACACUCUAUCUGGUCCCAGUACAGAAAACACUCUAUCUGGCCCCAGUAUGGAAAACACUCUAUCUGGUCCCAGUAUGGAAAACACUAUAUCUGGUCCUAGUAUGGAAAAGGGUCCAGAAAGAUCAAGUGAAGCCAGUGCAGAAUCUGUUGCAAGUCAGCCAAUGAUCUCUAUGAGUCAGGAGGAAUUGAGAGAUGAGAAAGACAAGAUAGAGGAACCUUCACAAGACAAAGAUAUAAAGAGCAAGGUAGGGGACAGCACUGGGACAGAUAGUCAGAUGAGAACAGAUGAACACAAGCAGACAACAGGGGAGCAAAAUGAUGGGGUGAGAGAUUUUAGUUCCAAACCAGAUAGUACAAAAACUGAUUGCGAUACCCUCACAACAUUGGAGUCUGUAAAAGAGGCUGAGGUGGUGACAAAAGGCAUUGAGGAAAAGGAAGGUUUCACGGAGGAGACUGGCACAAGUGCAGUUCCAGUUCCAAGCACUAGAGGGCAGGCCCGUACUGGCAAACAGGGAGUUGAGACAAGGCGCAAACGAAAACUGAGAGAACAAGUAACUGUGAAACACGCCUCGCCCAAAACUAGAAAAAAGGAGUCAGCGAAGAGUCAGCAGACCAAUACCACACCAAAAAAACUCUCAGAAAAGAAGAGACUUAGAACUGAGGUAGACUCCACGAAAGGAGGCAUAUCCAAAACGAAGCCUAGCUCAGUAUCUCAUAAGUUAGACACACAAUUUAGUGAAGAAGCCAAUAAGCAGACAACUGUAUCACUAGAUGGCAAUGUCAGCAAGGUUGAAGAAAACAAGCUCAAUUUUCAGGACAAAGAGGGACAGGAUCAAUCUUGUUUGUAAAUUAGAAAGUCAAAAAUUUAUUAGAUUCAUUGAUUGGACCAAAAGAUGUUAACAUUUUGCAGGCUGUAUCACCUUAGUUCAAGGUCUCAAAGUAGAAUAUUCUAUGAAGCCAUGAAAUGGCCAAAUUUUCAGUUUGGUGGAUAUAUUUUCCAUGAACACUGGUAUAUUAUCAUACACAUGUUCACUGUUUGUAAAUUUUUUUCUCAAUAAGAUUUCUAGGACCUCUGAACUGAUUUGAUAUGGCCUGCUGUUUCCUUAGUGCUUUCACCAUAUUCCAGCGGACUAGGAUUGACUGAAAGCAUCACUUAGUCUACACAUUUAAGACUUUUCUUUCAUAGGAGUGAUUCGAAUGGCAAGGGUAUAAUACAUAAUUGCUCAACAUUUACAUUUAAACUCUUAGAUACCCCAUUAUUAACCUUCACAGUUAUGAUAAAUUUUGUGAAAUACCAUAAGAACUAAUUGAAAGCAAAUAGAAUAAUUGAAAGUCAAACUUUAUUUCCAAAUGUCUAUUCCAACUUCAACAGAUUGACUUAAUACUGAACAUAAAGCCACCUGCAGAUAUUAAACUGUCAUUAAGGUUAUAGACUUUUGUGUUUUGCUCAGUCCUAUUUGGUAACAUUAAGAUGAAUCUUAAUACUGGUAUUUCAUAUGCACAUUAAUAUUGCUUCAUUGUCUUCUGCCAGACCCUAUGUAUUAAUACAUUAUGUAGGAAUUCUUACAUAGAGGUUGAAACGUGAUACAUUGUGUAUCGGCAAAUGUUUCUGAGCAUUAAAUAUUCAAAAUUAUAUAUUUCAUAAGAAGAUUGGCAUUUCUUGUGUUAUGUAUAACUAAUAUCUCUGUCCUCUGUACUGGUAAAAAAAAAAUUGGAACGACUCUGGCCAAGAAAUAUAAAUUUACCUUUGCAUGGGGUCUGACAGAAAACUAAAAUUAGGCCACACCAAUUUAAUUUGCUGGUUCCUGGAUUUUAAACAGGUAAAAAAAGAGGCCUAUGCAACUUAUGAUAGCCCAAAUUGUUACAAUAGGAGCCAUGAAGUCAACAUGCCAAUCUAAAUGAAUUUUGAACUUUUAAAGAAACAACUGCAUUCAUUUUGAUAGAUUGAGAAAAAGCUUUAAAGACAGGGACUGUCUUCAACAGUUAGGACCAAAAUGUGAGCGUUUGGGAGUUGAUUCAGAAUCCAAGUCAGAAAUAAGUGAAGAGGGUGAAUCAGAAAACCAGUUGAUUAACUUGGUGUAGCCUUACCGAAAAUUAUUACAUAUGCAACGUUGAGUCGAAAUGUGAUGGCAAUACUAUAGCAGAGAUUGAAAAAAGAUGUUUAUUUUGUUAGCAGAUCCAUGUACAGAAUGUAUCUGAUCAAGAUAUACUGUAUUACAUGUACCUCUAAGAGCAGUUUGGUAUGAGAUUACAAAAGGAUCAUAA